GGGAAUAGAGAAAUCGACUGCCGUAGCCCGUGGACGGUCGGCGCUGUGCGGCGUGGUUCGGCGCUGUGCGGCAAGGUCUGGCGCUGUGCGGCGUGGGGUGGUGCAGGCCACCGCGGCUUGGAGCCGGCUGGUCAGUGGAGAUCUGGCCGGCUCGGCGGCGGACGGUCCCGGUGAGCGCUGAGCGGCGGGCACGUGGGGCGCUCAGCAGUGCUGAAAUCGCAGACCGGUGUGCGAGAAACUGGUCUGGGAGAGACGAUCCGAGUGCUGUGCGGGUUUUGUUUGGGAGGACGGACGACAUUGCGAGCGAGUAAUGUGACUGAGCCGCUUUUAUGAUCGUGGUGACUGGGACAUUUGUGCGUAAAGUGACUGCGCGCUUGCGAGAGUGGGGAUCUAGCUGCCGAUGAGGCAUAGUGACUGAAGUUCUGAGAGCGUAUUGACUGAAACGCAGGGAGCCAUAAGACUGACCAGCGCGGUGCAGCUGCAGCGACCAUCGUAUCUACAAUCGGGCGCCGCGCCGUGCGCUGCGGAGUCACGCAAACCACGAUCAGCUGAGGUCGUGACUGUUGCUCCUAUCGUGGUUCACCGCUGGCGUAGAUUUGGCGAGCUGGAACCACCGAACGGCAGCUGGGUUGCAGUGGCACACAGCUGUGAAUCCAGCGGUCAGUAGCUGAGAUCAGACAGUGCAGUGAACAAGGCACAAGCCUUGUCGGGUACCUACUUGACUUCGGUAGCAACCGAAGUAUCGGUGCUAGUUCCUUCAGCUCGGUGGUAGCUGAGCUGAAAGGAGCUCGAGUUACAUUGCGCUUAGUGAUUGGAUGUGUCUCUUCCGUUACUGACGUCUGCUGCUCACAAUGAGUGUCCAGAUCUACAUCAAGACGACGGACCCCGCUCCUCCACCGGGAGUGUCGGCAUCAGCCCUGACGGCGGAGGGACGGGAACACCUGAUGUGGUGCACAGAUGACGAGUUUGACCGCUCACUGGAGCAGCUAUCGCAGAGGGGUCUGCUGGAGCUGAUUCAGCUGCUGCAGGACGCCAUGCUGAUCGAGCAGCAGACGUUCGAUAGCCUGCAGCAGCAGCUCGAGUCAGCAGCGACGGCCUCAGCUCAGCGGCAGCGGCUCAGUGCUGCCCUCUGCACGUCCCAGGCGCGGCUCACCCGGCUCUGCGGCCGCAGCAUGCGCUGCUUCACACAGCAAGCGAUGCGGGCGCGGCAGCGGGUGACGGACCGCGCGGACGAGCCCGAGUCUGGCUCUCCGCCGGUUGACACCGCCGCCAUCUCCUCCAGCUUCAAGCAGAACCUCACCUUCUUCCAGAAGGCAGCCCACAACCUGACGCGCUCCACGCCUCCGGCCCGCAGCCGUCCGACGCCACGCCGCAGCUCCGUCGGCUCCGACGGCAGCUCGGGCAGCUCUGUUGCUUCCGCGGCCUCCGUCGGAGAUGACGACUUCGAGCCGGUGCUGUUCGUCAACGGACGACCCCGGUACGUGACGUCAGAGGCGGCCAGCGCGCCCAUUGGCGGAGCGCCCGUGUCGGCGGCCGGCGCCGCGGACGGCCCGGCAGUCGACGACGGCGCGCGGACAGCGGCGGAGCGGACCGACCGCGCUGCGCAGAAGGUGCGCAUCGGGGGCACGGCGGCGGAGCGGAUACGAGCCGGUGGAAAGAGCGCCGCGGAGAGAGCAGCCAGCAGUAGCCCGGCGCGCUCUGGACGGACACAGCAGCCCACAGCUGCCCAGAGCUCGGUGAGUGAUACGUCAAGGGAGAGGAGCUACGACUCGCGCGAGAGAUCGUCCAGUGCGCCGGCGAAACGAGAGAAAACCUCAGCGAGCUCGCACUCCAGUGAGAGACUUUCUUCUGCCACUCCCUCAAAGCGGGAACGUGCCGGCUCGAACGAUUCCCCUUCCGUUGCGGAGAAGCCGUCAAGUCGCAGUUCAUCUAGACGAGACUCUGAACGGCAGCUGAGCACAGACUCUGACCAACCCGCAAACAACUCAGAGGUUCAGCCGCCGAGACGGAAGCCAUACAUCCGCUUCGGCUCAGUUGAAAACCAUCUAAGUCAUGACGACUUGACGUACUUCAAGCAGACGAUCGGCAUCCUCCCUGGCGGCGGUGGUAUCACGCGCACGCAGAGCUGUCAGGAGGGUCUGGACUCUCCCGCUCGGCCAGCGCCCGUCUCACGUACCCUAAGCUUCAGCUGUCUGGCGGAUGUGGGCGGCGAGCCGCGGUCACUGAGCGGCAGCAGGACCAGUCUUCGGCGAGCUCCUUCCGUUGAGGAGAUCCUCGAGUCGGUAAAAGCUCUCCGCGUGAAACGCCAACAGGACGAGAUGGUGCGCAACUCAGAGCCGGAGGCCGAGUAUCAGAACGUGGGUAUCAAGUCGUCGUCGCGUUCUGGCAAGGGCCGACCGGCGCCCUGGAGCGGAGUGCAGUUCAGCGGACCCGUUCGUAAUGUCGAGUCCGACGACCCAGCGCUGACACCCGACGAUGCCUGUUAUGAGAACGUGUCGGCUGGCGGACAGGCUGUCUACCAGAACUCUCCGCUGAAGUCGGAGGUCAUCUACGACCAGCCGGUGAAGCAGAGACGGAGGCGACGUAAGGCGCCCGAGGAACCCCAGCAGCUUUACGAGAACGUCCAGUUCAGCGACCAGACCGGCGGCGAGUACCAGAACACGACUCUCCUCUCCAAGUCGCAGCAGAACCUCUCCGAGCCGGACGCUGUCUACGAGAACGUCGAGAAGGGCGUCGUAUCCGUAUCCGGAAACGGCCUGCUCUCUUCGGGUCAGUAUGACGUUCCACGUACGGCGUCGCAUAUCUACGACGCGCCUCAGCGCACGCGAAUCAAGAACGUGCAGCCGGCUGAGUCUGGCGAGUAUGACUCCCCUCGGCCGACGUACGGGCCGGGUCGCUCGGAGCCGCUGCCCACCCGGUCUACACAGAUCGUCCUGAAGGGCGGCAUGGCGGUGCCGGCGGUGGAGCAGACGCAGGACUGUGACCGCGACUCUCUGGACGGCGACGGAGGCAGGCGGCCCGACAUACCGUCACCAGAUUACGGAAGCGACGGGGAUGAUGUCGAUGGAAUUCCCAAUGACUACAUUGGCGAUGAUCAGCUGGACGAAGGACUCGGCGAAUCGGACGCCAGGAGCUACUAUAACGAAGAUCCAGGUCUGGAGGUGAUUCUGGAGGAGCCGGAGGACGAGUAUGUGACGUCAUCGGAGGAAGAGGAGGAGGAGCAGGAGUCACCCCAGACCCGCUCUCUGCACUCUCUGGAGGGCUCCGAGGGCAUCGGCUCGGCUGAGGGCGACUCUGGCUCCAACGCGUCCGUGGAGUCCAGCAGCGGAGUCCACAGCCCAGGUGGCUCCCCGACCCUGCGCGAGCCUUCUGAAGACCGGGAGGAGAGGAUUCAGAAGGACCGCUGUGUCGAGGUGUACCCGGAGACCAUGCGGCAGCGCAAGCAUGCCAAGAAACAGAAACAGGUGGACGGCAAAACGUGGUCAGACGCCACUGAGGCCCCGCGCCGAGCCGACGACUCCUCCAAGACCAUCGACAGUCCGACCAAGAUCAAGAAGCUGCUACCGUCAGUGAAGGCGCUCAAGUCGCAGUUCGAGUCGGCGGCGCCGCCCCCAGAGGCCCCUCGGCGCUUCAAAGAGAGGUCACCGCCGGUAAACAAAAUGGCGGCUGAGGUGAAGACGGCUGAGCGUCCUCAGCAGCAGCUGAAGGUCGCUGACCCGGCGCCGGUCAGCAGUCAGCGGGUCAGCCCGGUGUCAGCGGGAGGUCAGAGGUCAUCCGUCGGGUCACCGGCCCGCAGCAGCGCUGGAUCUAAGAAGGUGUACAUCCCGGAUGAUCCCGUGGAGGCCAUCUACGAUAAGUUUGGAGAGGUGGACGAACGCAUGCUGAAACAGAAGAUAACGACGCUCUCGUGGGACCCGACCACACUCGUCAGUCGCCUGUACGAUGUGCCGGAGCCUGCCCAGCGUCCCAAGGACCAGGAAAAGGGCUACGUCAACAUCGAGGGCUGGCUGGAGAAGCUGCCGUCCGGCAGAAAGAAGGCCACCUUCUGGAACGCCUGGAAGCGGCGCUACUUCAAGGCCAAAGACGGCUUCCUCUACUACUAUCAGACCAACACCACGGAGAAGCCGAGCAUGGUGCUGCAGCUGAUGGGGGGCCACGUGGAGGCCAUGGAGUCGUCAGUCGUCGGGAUCGACGAUGGGGUGCCUCAAACGCUUCCCAUGAUCGGCCUGGAUGAUGGGAAGGGGCGGUACGUGGUGGUGCGCUGCAACAGCCGCCCGGAGGCCGAGCGGUGGACGCGCGCUCUACUCUCCCACACCGUGGAGGACUACAACGCCACCUAUGUGCAGCCGGUGCCCGUGCCGGUCGGCGUCACCACCAGCCGGCGCUGCGUGGUCAUCGACCUGGGCAGCUCGUCCAUCCGCGCCGGUGUCCUUCAUGAGCAGCCCACUCUGCCGCAGCUGUUCUUCCCGGCAGCCAUGGUGACCUCCCGGGACGGCGGAGCGCCAGUGUUUGGCUCUGCAGCGCUCCGACCGGAGGCCCGCGCCGGUGGCACCCUCUCCUUCCCCCUCCGCCCCUCCAGCAAGAUCACCAAGCACUCCGUGGACGUGCAGGCGCUGUCAGGUCUCCUCCAGUUGACGUUCCGCGAACUGCGCAUCAACCCGUCCGACUACUGCGUGCAGCUGAGCCUGCCGCGCAGCUUCAACACGGCCACACUCGGGGAGAUCCUGCGUCUGCUGUUCGACAAGUUCGGCGCGCAGGGCGUCAACCUGACCCACCAGAGCAUCCUGGCCAUGUGGUCCUACAACGCCACCAGUGGCGUGGUGGUCGAUGUCGGCGACAGGAUGGAUGUGGUGCCCGUUAUUGAUGGCUACAUCGUGGAGGGCGGCGUAUCCCGGGUACCAUACGGCGGCGCGCGGAUACAGGACCACCUGCGGCACUUCCUGCUGCAGAAACACUACUCCCUGGUCACGGAGGUGGAGUCGCUGCUGCUGCGCUACGUCAUGGAGCGCCUCUGCUUCGUCUCGGAGCAGUAUGGCGCUGACCUGAGGCAGUUCUCUGAGGACCCGGCCAGCGUGCAGAAGACCGUCUCCGUGAAGGAGUUCCUCGGGGAGAACGUCUCGUGGAAGCGGAUCACCCUCGACAGCGGCCGGUUCCAGGCCACAGAGGGCCUCUUCAACCCCGACGCCUGGGGACUGGACAACAAGGGCGUCCACAAGCUCGUCCACAAGGCAGUUCAGGAGUGCAGCGUGGACAUUCGUAAGGAGAUGGUGCGCUCCAUCUACCUGGCCGGCGGCGUCACCCUGCUGCCGGGCUUCGCCGAGCGACUGCAGGCCGAGAUGGAUAAGCUGACGCCACCCUCGGUCACGCCCAAGGUACACGCGUCGCCGUAUCGGUACCACGCCGCGUACCUGGGAGCCUGUGUACUGGCCGGUUCGGAGGGCUUUCAGCAGGCCAUGGUACCGCGCAGCAGCUGGCUGAAACUCGGCGUGUCUGCACUCAAAAAGUGGACCGUGUAGCGGCGCAACGGUGCUCUGACCUCCCGGCGUGACGUCAUGAGCUAGUGACGUCACGGGGUGACGCAGUGACGUCAUCAGGGUGUGUUUUCCGGCCCGCACGGGCUGUCUGUGAUUUUUAUGUCUCCGAGUGUGCGAACUGCGUAUGUGAGGGAAGUGUGAGGUCUGACUGAGGUGGUACAAAUGACUCGACUCCGUCAGCUGCUUUGUGAGAGUCCAGUGGUGAGUCGGACCGGAGUCCAGAGUCGUGUGCUGUGAAGCGUCCCCGCGCCUGUAUAUUCGGAGGCAGGUCGUUCGAGUUGCGGAGUUGCAUAAAACUGCCGGUGACAGUGGAACAAAAACCGAAUACUGUAUGUGGAACCCUUCGCCCGCCGGUGAAUGGUGCGGUGGUGUUCUGUGCGACGAAUCUGUAACAUUCCCGUUGUGCUGGAGAUGGGCUGAUGGUGAACAGUGGUGCUUGGACGGUGCCCGAGUGGUGACUGGUGACACUCAUCGCUGGUGGUGAGGGUGGCCCUCUCCAGUGGUUACGCACUCGAUCGUUUUCUGGUGCCGCCUUCCCGUCAGUGCAGACCGUUAUUGUUUUGUCGCGUGUCCACGAGAGGUGGACAGCAGCUGCACUGCACAUGUGAAAAAUGUAAGUACUUUUACCUGUAAGAAGUGUUUAUAUUUUCCUGCUAUGGAUCGCUGCACCCGUUUAAAUGCUUAUGCCAGUUCGUAGACGGUGUUAAUUUAUUUUACAAGUGCCGGUCUGACCAUAAUACAAUGGAUAACCCAGUG